UCUCUGUUUUCACAUAUAUGAAAAAAACUAUAUAAAGCUAUAAAUGCUCAUCUUUUUAUAAAACCAUAUAACUAGCAUAGCAAUUUAGCAAAUAAGCAAUGACUUACUCUGUGACCAACACGGCUGCCAACACCCCUGGUGGUGCCCGUUUCAAUCGAGAUAUCGGAGCUCAAUAUUGUCAGCAAACAUUGGCAGCUGCCACUUCCUUCAUAUGGAAUAUCUUCCAACAGAAUUUUCCGGCUGACCGCAAAAACGUUCCAAAAGUAAGUAUGUUUGUCGAUGAAACGGCCGGAGUAGCUUAUACUAACAGCAAUACGAUUCACGUUAGUGCAAGGUACAUCCAAGGUUACUCUGGGGAUGUUAGGAGAGAGAUCAUUGGAGUAUUAUACCACGAAGCCACUCAUGUUUGGCAGUGGAAUGCGAACAAUGGGGCUCCCGGAGGAUUAAUUGAAGGGAUUGCUGAUUAUGUGAGGCUCAAAGCUGGUCUUGGCCUAAGCCACUGGGUCAAACUCAAUGUUUUUAUUUGUUCUUACUUGCUUAAGUCAAUGUUUGUGACAUGAACACUUGGGGCAUGUCAAUUACAAAACCUUGUAAGAAAAACUGAUCAACUUAGAAG